GGCCCAAUUUCGUCCCUUCCUCGUCUCCGGCUGUUGCCGCCUCUCUUUCUGCUUCCUCUGCAUUUACCCUCGCAGGCAUCGCCCGAAAGCCAUAUCCGGCCAGCGUAGCCGCUUCUGCAGCCGCUCUGUGAUUCCCCAGCUGGACUCAAAGAGGUGGUUCAUUGUUGGCGUGUGUGUGUAUGUGCAUGUCUGAUCAUGCUAUUUCUUUCCCUCACCUGCCUCAGCUUCCCUGCCCUCCUCACGAACUAUAAGCAUCUUUGAUUGAUUCCAAGACAGCCACCAAAAUCCUCUGCUAGCAAACAAUGGCCUUGAACAGAGCUCUCCUUAGACUCAGAGCUUCCACUUCCUUCUCUGUCAAUGCCACUCGCUCCCCCACUUCGAGUCUCUUCUCCGCCAUCCGCUGCCUCAGCAAUGUCCCUGAGAACACUGUCUAUGGCGGUCCCCGACCCCAAACCUCUGCAGAGCGUGUCACCCUCAACCACCUCCGCCAGAAGCACCGGAGGGGUGAGCCCAUCACUGUUGUCACUGCCUAUGAUUACCCCUCCGCUGUCCAUCUCGAUAUGGCGGGCAUCGACGUGUGCCUUGUCGGUGACUCUGCCGCCAUGGUUGUCCAUGGCCACGACACCACCCUCCCCAUCACCCUAGAUGAGAUGCUUGUUCACUGCAGGGCGGUGGCCCGUGGGGCUACACGCCCGCUCCUCGUCGGGGACUUGCCUUUUGGGACUUAUGAGUCCAGUGCCAAUCAGGCAGUUGAUACGGCUGUUCGAGUCUUGAAAGAGGGAGGGAUGGACGCAAUCAAACUGGAAGGAGGGGCUCCUUCCAGAGUAACUGCAGCAAAGGUUAUCGUUGAAGCUGGAAUUGCUGUCAUGGGGCAUGUGGGACUUACCCCUCAAGCCAUUAGUGUUCUUGGGGGUUUUAGGCCCCAAGGGAAAAAUAUUGCUUCAGCUGUCAAGGUUGUGGAGACUGCCCUGGCUUUGCAGGAAGCAGGGUGCUUCUCCCUUGUUUUGGAAUGUGUACCUGCGACAGUGGCUGCUGCUGCUACAUCGGCUCUUCGAAUUCCUACUAUUGGUAUAGGGGCUGGUCCUUUCUGCAGUGGACAGGUAUUGGUGUACCAUGAUCUGCUUGGAAUGCUGCAACACCCACACCAUGCCAAGGUAACCCCAAAGUUCUGUAAGCAGUUCGCACACGUUGGGGAUGUCAUCAACAAAGCUCUUACAGAUUACAAGGAAGAAGUGACCAGUGGUUCAUUUCCCGGUCCUGACCACAGCCCAUACAAAAUGAGUGCUGCUGAUGUAAAUGGAUUCUUGAACGAGUUACAGAAGAUGGGCUUGGACAAGGCAGCUUCUGCUGCUGCAGCCGUUGUGGAGAAGACAGAGAAGCUUGAAUCCCCUGAAGGAGAGAACUCUGGUAUAAACUGAAUGAGAUAGGUCCUCCGUAGUCUUAGUUCAUGGAGCAACCUGAACAGUCGGUGCAUUGUCAUUGCAGUUUUGGGAUUUUAAAGUUGAGACUGUAGCUUCUUCAAAAUCAUGAAAGGAAGCGCCCGUUCGACUUCCGGAAAUAGUAACUCUGUUAUGAUUGUCAG